AUGUCCCAAGCAACUGAUUUACUAAGGCAAUUUAACGAGGUUGUGGCCCACAGGGUGGGCAAUUUGCCCGAGGGGUUCGAUGGGCUGAUGGACAAGUGUAGACUCCAAGUGUCGACGGUGACGAACUUCCCAGGGGAUGCGAGGGAGACUUUACUUUCGAUCAAGACGUUGUUGUUGAGUGAUGAGGAUAUCGAUUACGAUCUGUUGCUCGAGUUAUUGAGUGCUGUGUUACAGAUAACGCGGUUUGACGCUAUACUGGAGGCGUACUCGAUGGCUGAUUUGGAACAGGCACUGAAGUCUGGGAUCAGCCCUUUGAUACAGUCCGCUUGCCAAGUUAUCCAAACCUCGGAUCCAAAGGGUGCGCUCGCCUCUAGUGGACUGUUUGAAAUCCUGCUACAUCUGUAUUUCGAUGUGAAUACGGAUAUUGCUGUCGUGAAGGAGAUCGACACAACGUGGGAGUUGCUGAUGUGCGAUGAUAGGGUACGUAAUACCAUUCUAGCACAGAACGUAAAACUUCUUUUGGAGGUUAAAGAGCAGUUUAAACCUAUCCCAAUGGCCCGUCUGUUGCAUCUUCUGGGCAUUAUCUUCAGGGAACUGAAAACUCCAACCGAAUACGUCCCCAACUUGUUUGUGUUCGAGAAGAAUGAACUGGUGGAAGCGCUUAAAACGGACAUUAUCAUGUUCUUGAAUAUAGUCAAAUACUAUUCGACGCUUUUGGAAUCGAUCGCAGAGACAAAUCACGAAUGGGCACUGCAUAAUCUAAUUCAUUCGAUGUUCGACAUUAGUGAGUUGUUCGCCGAAAGGGAACAGUUCCCCGAUAUCGUCGCGUAUGGCAAGUCCUUCCUAUUUACCUUUUUCCGCCAUAUCUCGUAUUUGAAUGACCUUGCCACUUUUAGGAAAUUAGAUGAGAAGUUCUUACACAUCUCUGAGGGUAAUGAAUUCCUGAGCGAUUAUUUAUCCUUCGUCAACCCGCAGUAUCUGUUUGACUUCCAUAAGGAUCUUAUCGAUACCUACGCCACCGUUUCUGCGUUCAAGUUGCCUAUUUUGAGGAACAUGGUCAGUAACAACCAAACGUUCCAGCUGGUCAAACCGAAACUAACAGCGGAUGCCAUAUUGGCCAUGGCAUACCCAGAACAAAUGGUUCUGCUGCAGAAGAUGUCGCAGUAUAUAUACUGUGUUCAAUACCUGGUGCACAAUUUGCCCAAAGUCAUGUCGAGUUUGAUCGACAAUAACUACACACCUAUCACGGAACCAGAGACUGUGGAUUUGAGAACCCAAGUCAUCGAAAACAUGCUACACUAUGAAAAGAAUGUGUUGGACGCAUGGUCGAUUCCUUUGCAAAACGAGUAUAUAAAAUUGAACCACGGUAUUAACCCAGAGAGAACGGCCGCUACAGACAUCGCCACCGCUUACAUCGGGUAA